GUCCUGGUUUCAGCAAAUUGCACAGUCUUAGAAACUUAAGUCUCCUUGGCUUUCCCGAGGGCUACUGCUCCAUACCAAAAUUGGAAAAUUCUACUUUUGCUAACCUGCCACCAUCUCUAAGGUCCAUGACUUUGACCAGCUGUAACAUCAGCGACGUGGACCGUGAGGCUUUCAGACCUCUCCGGAAUUUGCGGACCAUGGACCUUUCAAAAAACACGCGCCUGGGCUUUCAAACGCUGGGUGAUGCUUUCUACAGCCUGCAAGGCUCCAACCUGAAGGACCUGUAUAUCAACGAGAUCAUGGACCCAUACUCUGUGUGCGUCGUCAUCGAUACGAAUCACACGCGCUACUUCAAGGACACGAGACUACAGAGCAUACACGCAGAGAGCAAUCGCAUUGAAAGCUUUACUCCCGGGGCCCUGGACAACAUGCCGGACACACUGUCCUUUGUCUCCGUAUCCGGAAACAGAUUACGCUUCGGUAGCUACUUACUCGACCUCGGUGAUCUCACAAAUCUCACGACAAUAAAAAACGACGGAAGGAUGAGACCACACGAUCCCCCUACUAGCUACCCGGCCUUUUCCGUCAAGCCAGAACAUAUCGAGAAGUGUCAUUACGUCCGCGAGUAUGAAGGAUGUCAGAGAUCUCUUGAGCCAAGUGGACAGACAUUUCCUACUUGUCCUCUAAGCCUAGAAAACGCUAUGUUUGAAGAAAGAGACCCCUUGACUCCUCUCAGUCUGACCUUCGUCCUUCCUCCUAAGCUGACCUCAUACGUGUCGCGUUGGAACCAGCUGCGCUAUAGCCUAGUAAACAUCCGGUUUGACGAGAACAACACACUUACGAGCCUCGAACUUACAAGCAAUUUUUUGGCCCGGUGGAUAGGACCUUUCAAAGGAUUAAAUCAAUUGCAAAGUCUUGAUCUUUCUAACAACUUCGCACGCAAAGUUCACUAUGCGUUCUUCGAUACCUUUCCCGAGCUCAAGAACUUGCGAUUAAGCAGAAAUUACCUGAGGGAACAACUAAAGAAUGACGAAAAUGGUAGGGUCUUCGCCAAUUUGUCAAAACUGGAAACUUUGGACUUGUCGUCCAACUACAUCAACAUCAUACCUGCUGCGGCAUUUCAAGGAUUAACAAACUUGAGGCAGCUCAAUUUGUCGCACAACAAUAUUUUUAACUUUGAAAUUACUGUCAGUCACAUGAUGAGCCUAACCUCGUUGGACCUAUCUUACAAUAACAUUCAUUUUAUUCCUAAAUUCAUUUCAGACCAUCUCGAUUUGAUAACUUCCAAUCCAAAUGUCACAGUCUACCUCAACCUCACGUUCAAUCCCAUCGCCUGCCUGUGCACGCACAUCGAUUUUCUCACCUGGAUUCAGCAGUCGGCUGUACAGUUCGUAUUCCGGAAUAAGUACUCCUGCCUGAGACCCGAUGGCACCAUCAAGAAAAUGAUCAACAUUACAGAGGAAAUUCAGACACUACAAAAGACUUGCGGAAACGUUGUUGGCAUGCUGAUUGGAGCGUUUACAUGUUUCUUCUGCCUGACUCUGGCGCUUGCUUCCGCUGUUCUUUACCGCUUUCGAUGGAAGCUGCGCUACUUGUACUAUGCGUCGCGUCUGGCGCACUCCAGGAAGCGAACAUUAACCGAAAACUCAUUUGAGGUCGACGCCUUCGUCUCCUACUGUUCAGAGGACGACGAGUUCGUGCAUGGCGAGCUCAUGCGGCAGCUGGAGGAAAGGAAGGGGUUGCGACUGAUCGUGCAUCACCGCGACUUCACCCCCGGACAGCCCAUCCCCUGCAACAUCGUGGCUGCCGUUCAGAACAGUCGCCGCACGCUGGUUGUGUUGACGCGACACCUGCUGCAGUCGGAGAGGUGUCAGUAUGAGAUGCAGAUGGCCACCAUGGAGUCUGUACACACAGGUCGCAACGUGCUGCUGUUUUUGUUGUACGAGGACAUCCCCAGCCACGAGCUGCCACGCCAAGUUUUGUACGACCUUCAGUCUUCUACUUACAUCCAAUUUCCUCACGAUGAUCUUGAGCUGGUGCCUAGCUUUUGGAGAAGACUGGCGAAGGCUCUUAAAGAGCAAUAUCUCAGCAUAAAACAGUACAAUAAUCUUAUCAGAAAAAUCGCCGUGGAAAAUAAAGGUUUUGAUCAAAAAGAAUGCAAAAUGUUUCAGUGGCGCACUCUUCCACUCGUCGCCGCAUUACUGGUCGUCCACACGGUGGCGGUGCAGGUGGUUCGAAUGAGUGUCGUGACACCUGCCUGCCAGUCCUUGUGUACCUGUCAUGACGGUGGCGUGGACUGCUCCGGCAAAGGCCUCACUUCCGUCCCGGACGAUCUGCCUGGUAACAUGACGAGUCUCAACCUGUCCAGAAACGCUAUCCACGACUUGCCCAAUCACACCUUCACGCGCUUCCACUUACUGAGUGUGCUUGACGUGUCCUACAACAACAUCUCGCGACUGCACGUGCAGGCAUUCGUCGGUCUCAGCAGCCUCACCAGCUUGAAUCUGUCUUGGAAUGCGCUUACUCUCAGCCAUGAGGCGUACCCUGCUGACGUGUUUACACCAUUGGCCACCUCGCUGUCAGAUCUUCGGCUGGGCGGAAAUGCUCAGAAAACGGACGAUCCCGAUGCAGAGUAUCCUGACUUCGCCCUGUCCGUUCUGAAGAACUUGACCUACUUGGUGCUGGACGGUUUUGCCAAAACAAAUUUUGGACCUGGUUUCAGCGAAUUGCACAGUCUCAGAAACUUAAGUCUCCUUGGCUUUCCCGAGGGCUACUGCUCCAUACCCAAAUUGGAAAAUUCUACUUUUGCUAACCUGCCAUCAUCUCUAAGGUCCAUGAAUUUGACCAGCUGUAACAUCAGCGACGUAGACCGUGAGGCUUUUAGACCUCUCCGUAAUCUGCGGACCCUAGACCUUUCCAAAAACACACGCCUGGGCUUUAGAAAACUUGGUGAUGCUUUCUACAGCCUGCAAGGCUCCAACCUGGAGGACCUGUAUAUCAACGAGAUCAUGGACCCAUACUCUGUGUGCGUCGUCAUCGAUACGAAUCACACGCGCUACUUCAAGGACACGAGACUACAGAGCAUACACGCAGAGAGCAAUCGUAUCGAAAUCUUUACUCCCGGGGCCCUGGACAACAUGCCGGACACACUAUCCUUUGUCUCUGUAUCUGGAAACAGAUUAGGUUUCGGUAGUUACUUCCUAGACUUCAUCCAUCUGCCAAACCUUAAAACAGUAACAAACGACGGAUACCUGCAGACGCCACAUCCCCCCACUAGCUACCCGGCCUUUUCCGUCAAGCCAGAACUUUGCGAGUCGUCACCCUACGCCCACGAAUCUGAAAGAGGAUGUCAUCGACCUCUUGGAUCAGAUAGACGGGCAUUCCCACCCUGGUACCCGUUCAUAGAAAACGACAGGUUAGAAGGAGGAGACGCCUCGACUCAUAUCAGUCUGACCUACUUCCUUCCCCCUAACCUGACGUCUUAUGUGUCACGUUGGAACCAGAUGCACUACAAAAUCGUGAACAUACAGUUUGACGAGAACAACACCCUCACAAACCUCGACCUUAGCAACAAUCUCCUGGCCGUGUGGAUAGGCCCUUUCAAGGGAUUAAAUCACUUAGAAAGCUUUGAUCUUUCUAACAACUUUGCACACACUAUCAAUUACACUUUCUUCGAUACCUUUCCCGAGCUUAAGACCUUACGAUUAAGCAGAAACUAUCUGAGGGAUCCACUUAUGAAUGACGAGCAGGGUAGAAUGUUUGCCAACUUGUCAAAGCUGGAAAGUCUGGACUUGUCGUCCAACUACAUCAACAUCAUACCUGCUGCGGCAUUUCAAGGAUUAAAAAACUUGAGGCAGCUCAAUUUAUCGCACAACGAUAUUUUUAACUUUGAAAUUACUGUCAGUCACAUGAUGAGCCUAACCUCGUUGGACCUAUCUUACAAUAACAUUCAUUUUAUUCCUAAAUUCAUUACAGACCAUCUCGAUUUGAUAACUUCCAAUCCAAAUGUCACAGUCUACCUCAACCUCACGUUCAAUCCCAUCGCCUGCCUGUGCACGCACAUCGAUUUUCUCACCUGGAUUCAGCAGUCGGCUGUACAGUUCGUACACCAGAGUAAUUACUCCUGCCUGAGACCCGAUGGCACCGUCAAGAAAAUGACCAACAUCUUCGAUGAAAUUCAGACACUGCAAAAGACUUGCGGAGAUUUCGUUGGCAUGCUGAUUGGAGCGUUUACAUGUUUCUUCUGCCUGACCCUAGCGCUUGCUUCCGCUGUUCUUUACCGCUUUCGAUGGAAGCUGCGCUACUUGUACUAUGCGUCGCGUCUGGCGCACUCCAGGAAGCGAACUUUAACCGAAAACUCAUUUGAGGUCGACGCCUUUGUCUCCUACUGCUCAGAGGACGACGAGUUUGUGCAUGGCGAGCUCGUGCGGCAGCUGGAGGAAAGGAAGGGGUUGCGACUGAUCGUGCAUCACCGCGACUUCACGCCCGGACAGCCUAUCCCCUGCAACAUCGUGGCUGCCGUUCAGAACAGUCGCCACACGCUGGUUGUGUUGACGCGACAUCUGCUGCAGUCGGACUGGUGUCAGUACGAGAUGCAGAUGGCCACCAUGGAGUCUGUACACACAGGUCGCAACGUGCUGCUGUUUUUGUUGUACGAGGACAUCCCCAGCCACGAGCUGCCACGCCAGGUGCUGUACAACAUUCAGUCUUCUACUUACAUCCACUUCCCUCACGAUCAUCCUGAGCUGGUGCCUAAUUUCUGGGUGAGACUGGCUAAGGCUCUUAAAGAGCAUGUAGCCUGUGGAGGUCCUCCUAAAAAGCCAGUCUUUGAUCUUGCUACUCUUGCAAGCGUUGUCGGUAUUGCUGAUUCUCUGCAUGCACAAGAUGGCGAUAAAAAUCACAUUCACCCAAAGAUGGACCAAGAAGGAAACACGUCAACUCACUCAAAAUCAUUCCUCCCCGUGGAAUCAGACAAUGAAAACCGUCCCGUAGCGAAACCAACUGCGGAAGUAAUCCCAACAACUUUUCCUGCGAGCACUACUCUGGACCCUUUCUCACUUUUCGACCGACUGUCUCUCAGUGAAGAAGUCGCCAUCAUCUCAGUGAUCAGCAACAUGAAAAGAUUCAUCAUCAUAUGGACGGUACCGCUGUUGUUGAGUUCAACUUUUUUUACCAUUGGUGAUUCAUCUACUCAGUGUAUGUGGGAUAAGGGAGCCGUAAACUGCUCUUACCGCCAGCUGCACCAAGUUCCCAAUGACCUACCUGCAAGUGCCGUCAGCCUUAACUUGAGCCACAACCUACUUAGCAAUCUCUCAGACAACGUCUUUCACAAUUUGACGAGUCUGUCAGUUCUAGACUUGUCCUACAAUUACUUGAGCAGCUUCACACUCAGCGUCUUUUCGGGCCUCCACAACCUGCAGUGGCUUAGUGUCACCUGGAAUAAUCUGCCUUUGAGCGAUAAAACUUAUCAUCUUGGGGUGUUUUCCCCCUUUUCUCAGUCGCUUUUAUAUUUGUAUCUCAAUGGUAACUCACCCCCUAACCAGUCUCACCCACUCAACGUUUCCUAUCCCGACAAGGCUCUUUCAGAACUCCUCAAUCUAACAGAGUUAUUUAUGGAUGGGCUGAAGGAGACGAGGUUUAAAUCUGGAUUCGGAUACCUGCACAGCCUUACAAACCUUAGUCUUUUAGGUUCAGAAGACGGAUUCUGUGACAUAGAGAUCCUUUACAAUGACACAUUUAAACACCAUCCACCAGCUUUAGAAUACUUAAACCUGUCUAACUGCAACAUCCGCUGCAUUGAAGCAGACGCCUUCUCACCUCUACGAACUCUUCAGAUUCUUGAUCUUUCCCAUAAUGAAGAUCUUGGAUUCCAGAGGCUUGGACUAGCUGUGUACGGACUUCAGGGAUCAGCUCUUCACACUCUUCACAUCAAUCACAUACAUUUUAAAUAUGCGUUAUGCAUCUUUAUCACUAAGGAAGACACAGUAUACUUUAAGAACACAAGCAUCACCUCCAUCUACGCCAACUACAACAGUCUACAGUUUUUUUCCCCAGGCGCCCUGCUGAACAUGCCAGAUUCCCUUGAGUUCGUUUCGCUCGAUGGAAACCAUUUAGGGUUUGGAGCUUAUCUUGAAGACUUAAACAACCUCCAAGGAUUGAAGCAAGUUCGAGCAGAUGGUUAUACACAUCACAGAAAAACACCUGCUCAUUACCGAUCCGAGGAAAACGAAUGCAUUCACAACGCUGUUGAAAUAUGCCGUGGUAAUUUUUCUUUUUGUUCCAGUGUCACAAGUAGCGAUAGAGAGUGUUACAUAUUUGCAAACGGUACCGACAGUAGGUGUAGAAAGCAAAAGACGCCAUGGAAUGUUCCAGAUCCAGUGAGCGGUAACACCACAUACUUUGUUCUUCCGCCAUAUCUGACAGACUUCCGGUCUAGACAAAACCAGAUCUACUACCGGAUAACGCGGAUUGAUAUCAACUCUAAUAACGUGCUCACGCGACUGGAUCUCAGCCAGAACCUGCUGACCGCUCUGUUCGGCCCUGUGACAGGACUGAACAACUUGCAGUAUUUGGACCUCAGCGACAACCUCGCCAAUCAUAUUUCACAGACUUUUUUCAUUAAUUUUACAUCCCUUCAAGUACUUCGAUUGAAUAGAAACUAUCUAUCCGGUGUUAUCAAAAAUGCCUCCUCAGACUUCUUUUCAUCUCUGGCACACCUGGAGACAUUGGAUCUAUCGGAUAAUUAUCUCUCCAGCGUUCCGACGGAACUGCUAAACCCUUUAGUAAGCCUGAGAAUGCUAAAUCUUUCUUUCAACGAGUUAACCUCCUUUGACUUUAACAUUUCUUCCAACCAUAUCAGACUUCUGGAUCUGGCUUACAACAAUAUCCACUCCAUUUCAUCGCACGUGCGUACUCACCUCGACUCGGUAGCACAGACGGCGCCAGAUAAUGUCACUGUGAAUCUUACCUACAAUCACAUAAUCUGCACGUGUGAAAAUAUCGAGUUUUUGUCUUGGAUGGCAUAUACUAAGGUAUAUUUCCCAAGACUCCAAAAAUACUUCUGUCUCAUGUCUGACGGAACAGUGCAACACUUUGUUGAUAUUUUCGAGGUCAUCGCCGAUCUGCAACAGCAGUGUUCCAACUUCUCAAGCAUCCUUAUUGGAGCUGUGUCCUGUUUCUUUUGCCUUAUCUUAUCCCUGGUGUCGGCUAUGAUGUAUCGUUUCCGCUGGAAGUUGCGCUACUGGUACUACGCCUCACGCAUGUCGUACACACGCGCACAGUCACAGGAAUCUCGCCAGUUCGACUUCGACGCCUUCGUGUCCUACGCCUCGGAUGACGAAGACUUUGUUCGCAGCCAGCUCGUCCACAACUUAGAAGUGCAGGAAAAUCUUCGACUGAAUGUGCACGACCGCGACUUCACGCCCGGACAGCCCAUCCCCUACAACAUCGUGGCUGCCGUUCAGAACAGUCGCCGCACGCUGGUUGUGUUGACGCGACAUCUGCUGCAGUCGGACUGGUGUCAGUACGAGAUGCAGAUGGCCAACAUGGAGGCUGUUCAUACGGGGCGCGAUGUGCUUGUGUUCCUGCUGUACGAGGACAUCCCCAGCCACGAACUGCCGCGCCAGGUGCUGUACAACCUUCAGUCUUCUACUUUCAUCCACUUUCCUCACGAUCAUCCUGAGCUGCAGUCCAAUUUCUGGAUGAGACUGACUGAGGUUCUUAAGGAUUUGUAAUGCCGUUUCUGAUAAGAAAAAGACAUAAUAUUUUACAUCGUUCAAUGUAACUUUGUUUUAACCCAUUUAUGCUCACUUUUUAUUCUUUAAACGGUAGUGAAAGCCAGAGUUCUGUACAUUAUGUGUAAUAUAGCAGUCGAUUUGCCUAGAGUUCUAUUUUUGGAACACCACAUAAGAAUGAAAACACAUUUUUUCUCUUUAAAUUCUUGUUCCUUGAAUAUUUGUAUGCCGCAUACAUGAAUUUCAUGCACAAAUUCAACAAUGUCAACCUUCGGCAUAAAUGGGAUAAACAGCUUUUGAUAUUGUACAUAAAACUUGGACUGAAAAAAAACUUUUAAAAUCAUUGAAAAGAACUUAAACAUAAUUACAUUUUCUUGUUUCUUUAUGCGAAGCUUCCAUCGUUUUACUCUGCAUUUCACUGUUAGAAUCGUGUUAUUAUUAUUUUUUUCUUUCUCUCUUUUGAUAACAUGGACUUUCUUCACUAAUUUGCAUGCUUUUGUGCUCCUCUGUGACACUAUUCUUAUCUUACAUACUAAGACAGCUACUAGUUGUUGUCUCACAGCAAAGCUGCUAAUGUAAAUGCUUAUACGGAAGGUGAUGUUAUUUGUAACAACUUUUUUAAAAAAAAUAGUGAAACGGAAAAUUGGUAUUACGCAUAUAUGAUUACUAUGCUCUGCGAGACAUAAACUUCAUUAAAAUCUUUUGCCGAAAA